AUAUUUAUGAAACAUUGAUGAGAUCUUGUAACUCUCUCAUAAACAUGUAAUUCAUAGGACAGUUCGUAUGUACUAUUAAAAUCGUAUUCAGUUAAAUUAAAGUCUUUAUUAUUAAAUAUUUUUUGUAAUAAGCUCUCUUCAGUGAAACUACUUAAUUUGAUUUACUAUUAUUUUUUAUAGAAAAUCAUAAAUAUUCAUAUUUCUAAGGCCAUUUUUAAAUUUUUUCUUUUUAUUCAUCAACUAAGCCAAAAUUAUGGCUUCCGUUUUAUGGGUAUUAUGUGCAGUAGUGGUUUUUAAGAUGAACUUUGUUUUAAGUGCACCACCAGCAUAUGUUGUUAGUACUCGACCAACAGUUCGUUUGUCAGAUCAAGAAUUUGAACACAUUAUAAAGGAUGAACAACGAGAUGAACAAGAAAACACACCCAAAAAACAGCAACAGUCUCCUGAUGAAAUAUCAUUAGUUGAUUUAGGUAUUGAAUAUAAUCGUUAUUUACGAGAAGUAGUAGAAACAUUAGAAAAAGAUGAUGAAUUCAAAAAAAAAUUGGAAAAUGCUAAUGAAGCUGAUAUAAGAACUGGUAAAAUUGCUGAUGAAUUAGAUUAUGUGGGUCACCAUAUUCGUUCUAAAUUAGAUGAACUUAAACGUCAAGAACUUAAUAGAUUACGGGAUAUUGCAAAAAAAGCAUACAGUUCCUCUGAUCCAGGACAUGUAGAUCAUCAAAAUCCACAGAGCUUUGAAAAAAAUGAUCUUCUAAAACUUAUACAGCAAGUUGCCAAAGAUCUUGCUAAUGCAGAUAAAAAGCGCAAACAAAUGUUUAAAGAAUAUGAAAUGCAAAAACAUUUUGAAAGAGAACAAAAAUUGAAACAAAUGACUGAAGAAGAACGUCAAAAAUUCUUGUUAGAAGAGACAAAAUUUGAAUCUGAAAGAGAAGUCAAACACAAACUUGAUCCAAUUCAUCAUCCUGGAAGUAAAAAGCAAUUUGAAGAAGUAUGGGAAAAACAAGAUGAAAUGGAAGGAGAGAAUUUCAAUCCUAGAGCAUUCUUUGCUAUGCAUGAUGUUGAUGGUAAUGGAUUUUGGGAUGAAGAAGAAUUAAAAGCCUUGUUUGUACGAGAGCUAAAUAAGCUUUAUGAACAAGGUAUGCCUCAAGCUGAUUUAAUGGAAAAAGCUGAAGAAAUGGAACGCAUGCGUGAACAUGUUUUUAAUGAAGUUGAUUUAAAUAGAGAUCGAUUAAUCAGUUGGGAAGAAUUUAAGCGUAUGUCUGAACAACCAAAUUUUGAAAAAGAUGAAGGAUGGAAAACAAUUGAUCAAAAUGAAAUCUAUACAAAUGAAGAGCUUAAACAAUUUGAACAACAGAGACAGCAACAAAUUGAUCAAAUGAUAAAAAGUGGACACAUUCCUCAGUAUCCUCCAGAAUAUUAUCAACAUCAUCCGAACAUUCCAAAUCCAUCUUUAAAUCAUGGACCGGCUUAUCAAGUAAAUCCUAAUUAUCAUCAGCCAGAACAUAUGGGAUAUCCUCAACAGCCACCUGUAGGUCAACCUCAACAUAAUCAACAGUUUGCUUAUCAACAACAAAUUAAACAACAACCUCAACAGCAACAGCAAAAACAGCCUCAACAGCAAUACCAACAACAGUCUCAACAUCAACCAUAUCAGCAACAGCCUCAACAACAACAACAGCAUCAGCUAUAUCAGCAACAGCCACAACAACAACAUCAGCAACAGCCACAACAAGAACAUCAGCAACAGCCACAACAACAACAAUCUAAGGAGCCUCAAGUUCAACAGGAAGGUCAACAACCACCACUUCAACAAUAUGCUCCCGGGCAACAGCAGUAUCAAGCUGUAAAUAGUAAUUCCAUAAAAACACAAAAUACAGUUCGAUUGAAUGAUGUGAAUUCUAAUCAAAUAGUAAAAAACCAAAAAGAAAAUAUUGGAAAAAGUGGGCAAAUAACUAAAAAUCUAUAAAAAAUACAAGAGCAGA